UGCUUUUUGACAGAUGAUAAAAAAGGCUCCCGUCCCUUGACUGUCCGUCCGCGAUUAGAAACUUGUGUAGCCACUCCUAUUUUAUUAAGUCCAAAUUAUAUUUUAAUAAUACGUGCCUCCGUGAAAUGUAGUGAUAAUCAAUCAGAACGUAAUAGUGACAUGGCUUAGUGAUUCAGUAAGGUUAUAAAGCAAUCCAUCACAAUGAGUGGGCGCUCGGGUCGUGGAGUUUUUGGGAAACUGUUUUCCAAGAAACAGAGUAACAGAGAUGAACGGGCUACUGAGAUUGGUAUGCCGACAAACGUCAAGCAACACAUACACGUGAGCAAAAACACGGAGACUGGUAUGCUCGAAGGUCUACCAGCUUCUUGGCAGCGACUUCUGAACGCUCAGAUCACACCAGCCGAACAAAAUGAGAACCUGGACGCGGCCAUCCAGGCCGUCAAAUUGCACAUGUACAUCAUCAAGAAAGAGAAAGCACAAGAUGAGCCCUUCAAACCCAUAGUCACCCAAGAGGAAAUCAACAGGGAAGAUUUGGAAAUAGAGAAAUUAUUGGACCACAAAAAUGCUCACCAAAGCCAAGAUUCUGAUUUGUCAAUCGGACAGAGCAGUGAGGAAGAUGCUGGGUUUGUGGAAGCGUUUACACAGAGACAGACAAUGCCAGCUGCGCCUACAAAACAUAGUCUAAAGAAAAAGGACCCCACAAUGGACUUAUCUGCAGUAGUACAAGAUUUAACGCUUAUUGGCGAAGAUGGUGAUGAAAGCCCUAUAUUGAGGAAGAAAGAAUUGAUAAACGCGACAUUGACAGAUGAGGAAAUAUAUGAAGAAUUAAAGAGAAUAUGUAAUAAGGACGACCCCUACGUCAGGUUUGAAAGGGUGAAGCAAGUUGGUGCUGGAGCUUCAGGUGUGGUUUUCAUUGCCAUAGACAACAAGGACAACUCCAGGGUUGCAAUCAAGGACAUCGAUUUGACUAAACAGUCUAAGAAAGAUCUCAUCCUCAAUGAAAUUAAUGUGCUCAAAGGUUUCAAUCACAAAAACCUGGUCAAUUUUUUGGAUGCAUUCUUAAGUUAUGACCACUUGUGGGUAGCGAUGGAGUUACUCGAUGGUGGCUCUCUCACCGAUGUUGUGACCGAAGUAGUCAUGAAAGAGGGCCAGAUAGCAGCUGUAUGCCGCGAGACACUGCAAGCGAUAGCCUUCCUGCACUCCAAGGGGACUAUACACAGAGACAUCAAAUCUGACAAUGUUUUACUCGGAAUGGAUGGAACUGUGAAGGUCACCGAUUUUGGAUUCUGUGCCAAUAUUGUUGGUGAUGAAAAGCGACAGACAAUGGUCGGCACUCCUUACUGGAUGGCACCAGAAGUGGUUACGAGAAAGCAGUAUGGAAAAAAAGUUGAUGUGUGGUCUCUAGGUAUAAUGGCUAUCGAAAUGAUCGAAGGGGAGCCUCCGUAUAUGAAAGAGACGCCGCUAAGGGCGCUAUAUUUGAUAGCGGCCGUGGGACGGCCUAAGAUACCAUGCUGGGAGAAAUUGUCUCCACAAUUCCAGGACUUUUUGGACAAGUGCCUACAAGUGGACGUGGACUUGAGAGCGACCGCAGAUGAGCUGCUGGCACACCCCUUCUUAGAGUGCGCAAUGGAGCUCAGAACUCUCACGCCGUUGAUAAAGGCUGCCCAGAAGAUUCUUCACAAAAAUCUUGACUGAAACUCUUCCAUUCCCAUUUUUAUAUCCGUAUUACACUUUUGUAGCAGUUUGCAAUUUUGUAUGUAAUUUAUGAAUUUAAGGAGGUGCCAAGAUGUAGACGUUGGUUUAGGUUGGUGUACAGGUUGAUUAUUGCUGUGGGUGAAUUAAUCCUAUUCGUUUUGUGCAGAUGCGUUGUCAAGGAAAUGGUAUUUCAGAUACAAACUAUAAGGUUCUAAUUUAAUUAAGAUGCUUCAUAAGAUAAGCUUAUUGUAAUGUUUCGUAUCUAGCAUAAAUCGCAGGAUAUUUAUUCGACAGUACGCAAUGCGCGUACGGCUUUAUCAGUGCUCACAAAGAUAUGCUAUCUGCUACUGAUAUAGGAGAUAUUUUAACAUCACACUAUAGGAGAAAUUAUGACUUGGAACUGUCGUUUUAAAUUCGCGCUCCUAGUGUAAAUGCCAUAAAUAAGUAAAUGUUCAUAACUUGAAUCUUUCAUUUAAGUUAUGAUAACUUUUUAAUAUAGAGUAAAUUGUAGUGUUUAGUUAAGUUUACUUAAAAUAUUCUGUCCAAAUUACAAAAUAAAUUAAAAAGGAAUUUUUGUUAUGUACUCAUUGGAUAAAAUAUGAUUAUGCAUUUAUUAUAUUCAGUAAUGUUCAGAAAAAACUACAAUGAGAUUGUAGUGUUAUCUAACAAGUGUUAACUACUACAUAUUUAUUUUUGGGUUUUGUUGACAAAGACCAAGUUUUUACCAAAAAUGUAAAUAAAAUAUUGUUUACCUAGUCUUUAUAACUAUAGUGGCAUUGGGUAUUGAUCCAUUUCUACACUUCAUAUUUAUGUUUCGACAUUCCCUUCAGUUUUCCAUCACUUUUUGUGGGCUUAGGCACAUUAGGCAAAAAAUAAAGACUGCAUUUUGACUAUUGUAUUAGAUUUGUAUUAUGAAGCAAUAAUGUGACUGUUAAUCAUGAUGACUAUGUAUUGAAAAUGUGUAAGGCGAGCAGAAGUAUGUAUUACAAUUUUAAUGUGAAAAGGACGAAAGUAUUAUCUUAACUUUUUGCUCUUAGCUCUUUUCACACAAGCGAAAGUCCGAAUUUCUGCAUAUACGAUGUUACAAAUAGAGAAUUAACUGCUAAACAAAUAUGCUAAGUUUAGUGCAGAUUUGAGGUCAUUUAAACUUAUGGCAGUGAGUGAUGAUUAUGCCAAUUACCUUCAAUUAUACUCAUGAACAUCAAUCCAAGGCAAGGAUUUAGAAAUAAACAUGUGUUGCCAGUUGAAUCCAUCCUUAUUAACACCGCAUAAAGACUAUUUUAGUAUGCUCUCCUAGUAGAUUUUAAUUUUGAUGGUUUUGAUUCACAUUUAAGUUUUAAUGAACACAUUCUAUUGUGUAUUAUUUUGUAUAAUGUUAGAAUAAGUCAAUGGUGUUCAAAUAAUAUUCAAUAAUUUACAUGAACUGCUGUAUUUUUUUCAGUCUUUUAUUUUUAUAUUUGAAAGAUAAUAUUCAUCAUAUUUUUAUAUAAGUUACCCAUUUGAAACAUCAGUAAAUAGGCCAUGAAUGUAAAACUAAUUAGAGUCGAGUACAAUGUUAAAGUAUGAUCUAAGAUAAAUUAAUUAUAAUUAGUAUUAAUGCAGUAUCACUUUGUAUUUUAUAUUUAAUUUUUAUGUUUACAUACCUACGUCAAGGUGUAUAAAUUACGUUCUGCAAUUUUCUUAUCAAUUUGAUAUUUGUUACAAUUAUUGGGCAUUUAUAAACUAUUUCUCCACCGCGAGUGCCUGCUUUGUAAAGCAUUAAUUAGUUAUUAAUAAUUAAUUUGAUUGCAUAGGCAAUUAUCUGUAAACGACACAACGAAGAUUGCAUAGAUGUGUAUGUCUAAGCUAGAUUUUCCUAUGAUAAUAAGCCUAUAUACACCAAUGAUGACACUUUUUGAACAUUUUAUUACUAGAGAUUUGCCUAUUAAAUUAUUUUUGUAAACUUUA